UCUUUAUCAUAUCUCGGUCUCUUUCUCUCUGUCCCUUCCCGUCUCAGAGGCAGACAGUCAGUGGAGCAUCGGCACGGCAACGGGAGAGACACGGGAGCGACACAGGACUGAUGGGCAGAGAAGACGAGGACAGCCAACCUCGCUGACAGCGACACAACAUUAGGAACAUUUAGGGCAGAGCAUCAAUUGGAAUGCGGUUCAAAUCAAAGCAGAAGCAACAGAUUGCCCCCCAGUUGAAAAUGUUGCCGCAACUGAUGCUCUCCUGGCUGAUCUAAAGCUUGGAAAUGAAGCAGAUUGGCAACAGCUCCUGCAGCUGACGUCUCCUGGGUUUUGAAAGUCAGUUUAUCCGUGCGAAAGAAAUGCUUCUGUCCUGUCAAAGCACGAGGAAUAGGCAACGCCGAGCAACGGAAACAAAAAAGCUUUGAUUCAGCCGGAGAGCAACACGUUUCACGCUGGGGCGUCAACAUCACCUCAGCCACCAGCGUCUCCUCCCAUCUUUCUGUCCUUCGCCGGGAUCUGAAGAAGACCAGGCGUCCUAGCUGUGAACGCGCAAACAGGCGGAGGAUGUGAGACUGACAUGCAGAGAGCAGAGGUCAGGGAGUUUGACUGUCAAACAAAAAAAAGAGAUGUUUUAUCAGCGUGAAGAUCAGGUGGGACUCAGAAGCAGACUACAGUGAGUCCGCCAGACUAUCACCCGCACUUCUUAGGACAACAGGGCAUAAAGAGGGGGAUGGACACCAGCAUCUGCCCGAGAACGGAAGCAAAACAAGAAUCCAAAACACUAGAGCAGGAAUGAAGAGAUUCAACUCGCACGUCCACAAAUAGAUGUUCAUUUGGAAAGAAAAGCAUAAACAAAGAUAUUAUCCCUCAGAACACUUAACCUCCUCAAACAACCAACAGAGAGAUGUUUUUGUGGUCUGACGUCCAGAGAAACAUCUUUCUUUGACUUCUACUUCCGCUGCCACAAGUCCCCUUUUGCACCGAUUUCCUUCGGUGUGAGCAUCUCGGGGGUUCUUGCCUGACUCUUCUUUCCGGGGUGAGGUGGAUCUGCCGUGGGGGGCAGCUGACAGCUAUCCAAGACGCCGCGAGCCGUACUCCGCGUGAAGAAUGCCCAGCCUCGCCUGGCCAAGCCGGCCGACCCGGGGCCGACGGCGGGCCUCUACAUGGAGAGAUCCCAGAGCCGCAUCAGCCUGUCGGCGUCCUUCGAGGCCCUCGCCAUCUACUUCCCCUGCAUGAACUCCUUCGACGAGGAUGAUGGGGUGGACACAGAGGGCAGGAAGUUGAAGGGGACUAUCCAAAGGAGUACGGAGACGGGUCUGGCUGUAGAGAUGCCCAGUCGGACCGUCCGACAGGCCAGCCACGAGUCCAUAGAGGACAGCAUGAACAGCUACGGCUCGGAGGGGAAUCUGAACUACAGUGGCAUGUGUCUGGCAUCGGAUGCACAGUUCAGCGACUUCCUGGAUGGGAUGGGACCCGCUCAGUUUGUUGGGCGACAAACACUGGCGACAACAUCCAUGGGUGACAUAGAGAUCGGUCUGAUGGAGAGGAACGGGGGUCUGGAGGUGGAGGUAGUCCAGGCCAGAGGACUCACUAUGAAGCCAGGUUCUAAGGGACCUCCAGCCGCCUACAUCAAAGUUUACCUCCUGGAGAACGGGAUCUGUGUGGCCAAGAAGAAGACCAAGUCCGUGAGGAAGUCUCUGGAUCCUCUCUACAACCAGGUCCUGGUCUUCUCUGAAAGCCCGCAGGGGAAAGUGGUGCAGGUGAUCGUUUGGGGCAACUAUGGACGGAUGGAUCGCAAAUGCUUCAUGGGCGUAGCUCGAAUCCUGUUGGAGGAGUUGGACCUCAGCACAAUGGUGAUUGGCUGGUACAAGCUCUUCCCUACCUCCUCCAUGGUGGACCCAACGAUGGCGCCACUCAUCCGCCACUCCUCCCAGAUGUCCCUAGAGAGCACCAUUGGGCCCUGUUGUGAGCGAUCCUAAGACUUAAGAAAAAUAUAUAGUUCUGUUGUUGCGAGUCAGAUGCCAUUGCUGUCUCAACCAAAUCCUAAGACACGUUUUUGUAUAGCCUGGCGCCUGGGUCACCCAGGUGGUACUGCCCCCUGGAGCCGGUUUGUGUUCACUAUCUUACUUAAGGGCACUUUGACAGGUCUAACCACACUUGGGACUGAACCACUCCCCUGAUUUGGGACUUUACUUACUAGUCCAUUGGAAAUACUGUACUUUAAUUAUUUAGAUUUUCUAUCAAACUGUUUCCCGAGACUCACGGGAAGUACAUUUAUUUUGUUGUUGCAACCAAGCGCCCCUCAGACUCACGGGAAUAUGAGGCUCUCUUCAGAUCUCUUUGAGGAGAAAACAAAAAACCUACUUAAUGAGGAUACUUCAAAGGAGGGCUCGGCUGCCGACAUUGAUCACAUGCUAUCGGGACCACAAAACACUGCGGGCUCAGCUUUUGCUUCCGCUACGCGCCUUCACAGCCUACAUUCGAUUCUCAUUCCCAGGACUCCCUGUUGUCUUUCUGCGUCCUCAUUAAGGGGCUGGACAGCUCCUUAGUGUCAUCUGUCCGUCCACGAGUCUGGAGAGAAAGUGAGACUGCACUCAGACCGUUUGAGACACCGGCCUCCCAUUUUGCAGGAGCAAGAGGACAGCAGAUUGGAGGGGAAAGGAUCUGUGCACAGCAGGAGUACAGAAAAAAAGAAUAUAUAAUAUAGCUUUGUUUAGCUUAUUUGUUGUAUCCAAACAAGACAUCUUGGUUUCACUCUGACUCAAGUUGUUUUUUGGUUUUUGUGUCACACAUUUGGCCCUUCCAUGUUAAUUUGGUACUAUGCGACUGUGAGUGGAGGCAGUAUUGAAAGUCUCUUUCAUCUCCUGGAAGGAUCUGGAGUUUUACCUGAUCUUGGGGAUCCAGAGUCCUGCUGGGUUUCUAUCCUACAAGGUACCAGGUUUUACCUGCAGUGCCAGGUUUUAAUUGGUUCCUGAGUGGAUUUAUAUGGUUUAAAAUAAGAACUAGCAGGUACUGAGUUCCCAAAGACCAUGCUCCAGUGUGACCCGAGGGCCUGUGCAUUUCCAUUACAAUCAAUCGCGACAUUAUCUGAUUUUUGUUAUCUCUUGUGGAAGGGGAUUAUCAGAUUAAUCAGACAAUGUUGUGUUUGGGAGGAAGGAAAACAUGCAGCCAUGUGGAUUCUUAGAAGAAGUGAUGUUAGACCCCAUUUGACCCGGUUGUUUCAUAAAUCUGUAGCAGAUUAAUUGGGUUCAAAUUGUUUCCGGCUUAUGCGAGCAGGUGCAAAUUGACCCAAGACACAUCAAAAACAGUUUUAAAUGGGAUUGCCUGACUUUGGAAGGUAAUUAUAUUUUUGCCAGAUGGGAUUAAAGUGUAAAAGUAUUUGUUGUGUGAAAACCACAACCCUCCUUGGUGCAUAACUUUUGAUGCCACUGAACAUGCAUUCCAAAGUGGAUAAAACAGACAGAUCCAGAUAUCUGGUGUCACAGCCAAACUCAAUUGGAUGUUACGCAUAGAGUGUAAAAAUAGUGGACGCAUGAAGCAUUAAGUUUGGCGAUACGGUUGAGGUUGAGCUGUGGAUGAGGACGCAACAUAGCCAUUAUUGUUAAGGGUUUCAAUGGCGCGAUGCUAAGCUACACGCUAACCCUUCUGAAGAGAGUCAUCUAGUGGAGCUUUACCGGUGGGUAAAUGCAAACCACAUUCAUCUGCAUGCACGGCAGUACAGAAGCAAACUAACCUCCAGUUAGCAGCUAACGCUAGCAGUUGCCAGUUACCUUGGCAGGCAGAUCGCUCAACAUGACAUUUUUAGCUUUAAAGAUGCAGUAGGUAAGACUUAGAAAAUGUAACUUUCUGUCAUAUUUGCUGAAACUGACCCUGAAUUUUGCGUAGUACUACAUAAAGUAUGUAAAUAUAAAAAAAUAUAUAUAUAUAUAUAUAUAUAAAAAUAUAUUUAAAAAAUGUUGCUCCACUGGCUCUACCUACAGGUUGUAGUGCGAUUUGCAAAAAUCCACAGCUCCCUGUUCAGAUCCUCCAAUCAGGGCCUGAGGGUAUCCAACUGCGUGUCAAUCACUGCUCAGGCACACACAUUCAUUCAAACUUGUAGGGGGAGGGGCUUAGGAGACCAUUUGGGCUUUAGCAGAAAGGGGGGUGCGGGACUGAGAAGUCUUUGGCUAAAUCCUGGAUCUACCUACAGCGCCUUUAACAUUGAUGAAGUGAAAACACAGUGAGACAUGGACCCAAAAACACCAAAAACAAGUUUACAGCUGCUUAAAUAGGGCCAUGGUUAGCAUUGCUUAGCCUCUGUCCUGAUUGACAGGUCGGUGUGUAGCCACGCCCCUAAAGCAUCCCCUGCUUAAUCAGUUGUUUUAAAAUUAAUGGGACCAUACUUCAAAAAAUAAACAUCAUGCAGUAUUGAAGAAGACUUGAACCUAGCAGUUGUGACCAUUAACUCAUAAAAAUGUUUGCGAAGGUAAUAAAUAAAGUGAGGAGCAGGGUUAUUUUCCCAAAGACUUCCAUAGAAAACGACUUUUCGGAGCCAGAGGAGUCGCCCCCUGCUGGACAUUAGAUAGAAUGCAGGUUUAAGGCACUUCCGCAUUGGCUUCACUUUCCAGGCCCGGAAGCUACGUCCAUUAUUAUUACAGUCUAUGAUGUUAUGCAUGCAACAUAUUGCAUUAGAUCACAAUUAGAAUUAAAAUCGGCUGAUAUUGGAUGCAUGAACCUAUCACGUCCAAACGCAAUGUGGUUCAACCUUAUCAGGAUACAGUCUAGACACAACUAGCAUGAAACAGCCUGGUGUGAAUGGGGUCUGAAAUAAGGAAUGUGUUGUCAUCAUUUGGUUCAAUUCUGUGCUGUGUUGUUCUAAAGUUUCACAUUCACCUGGUAGUGCAGGUCACAUCAAGGGCAGGAGGAGGUAUGGCACCUGUGUUGUAGCACGGGCACAUGAUGCUAAUACAUUAAAGACAGAUGUUUCCAAAAGCAUGGAGGUAGCCUGGCUGACAGCGUAGGGCUGAACACGUUGCUGUAUAUCCCAGUUUAAUUAGUUUGGAAUGCUCUUUAGCAUAUAGUCUAGAAGUACAUUUUUAAGAUUCCUUCUCU